AUGGGCGCUCCUGUCGAUGCCGUCGGCGUCUCAGCCAGACGGGCCGAAUUGGCCGGGAACAAAGUCGGAUGGCGUGGCUUGGUUAGCAGCAAGAAGACAUUCGGAAUUGCGCUGUUUGCUUCGCUUGGGGGGUUGGUUUAUGGAUAUAACCAGGGAAUGUUCGCGCAGAUCUUGACUAUGAGCUCUUUCAUUAAAGCUACACAAGGAUACGCCGCAGAACCCGGCAUCGGCCAAGGAAUGCUUACAUCGAUUCUCGAACUGGGAGCGUGGGUUGGUACACUAUUGAACGGAUAUCUGGCUGAUGCUCUUGGACGACGGGUAACGGUCGUCGUUGCUGUGGUUAUCUUCUGCGUGGGUGUUAUUGUGCAGGCAUGCACCCAGAACCCCGACUUUGUGUAUGCUGGUCGAUUCGUGACUGGUUUAGGAGUUGGUAAUCUGAGCAUGAUCGUGCCGUUGUAUAAUGCAGAGCUGGCACCUCCUGAAAUCCGCGGCUCACUAGUCGCCGUACAACAACUCGCCAUCACCUUCGGCAUCAUGACUAGCUUCUGGGUGAGCAACCUCGACAUCUGGACAAGAGACGCGCAUCUAACAGUUGACCAGAUUGGCUACGGCACAAACUACAUCGGCGGCACCGGCGCUACCCAAUCCGUCGCAGCCUGGGAAAUUCCUGUCUGCAUCCAAAUCCUCCCCGCUCUGCUCCUCGCCUUCGGCAUGAUGCUCUUCAUGCCGCAAUCUCCACGCCAUUUAAUGAACACCGGCCGCGAGGAAGAAUGCCUUCACACACUAGCCCGACUGCGCGACACAUCACCCGACGAUUUACUCGUUCGGAUUGAGUUCCUCGAAAUCAAGGCGCUGCGGAUGUUCGAGGUCGAGACCGCGAGGAAGAAGUAUCCGCAGUAUCAGGAUGGGUCGUUUAAGAGUCGGUUUAUGAUUGGGGUGAGGGAUUAUGCAUCGCUUGUUACGAAUAAGUCGAUGCGUAAGAGGACUACUGUUGCUUGCUUGAUUAUGUUUGCGCAGCAGUUUAAUGGCAUCAAUGCAAUCAACUACUACGCCCCCCAAGUCUUCGAAAACCUGCACCUAGGCGAAAACACCACCUCCCUCCUCGCAACCGGCAUAGCCGGCAUCUUCGAAUUCGUCUUCACUAUCCCCGCCGUCCUCUGGGUCGACAACGUCGGGCGCCGAACGAUCCUAAUUGCCGGCGGAGUAGGGAUGGCGGUAUGCCAUUUCAUCGUGGCGGGGAUUAUCGGGUCGUAUUCGGGGAAUUUCGAGAAUAACCCUGGAGCGGGAUGGGCGGCAGUUGUUUUCGUGUGGAUUUUCAUUAUUAAUUUUGCGUAUUCGUGGGGGCCCGUUUCAUGGAUUAUCGUCUCUGAAGUCUUCCCCCUAAGUAUGCGUGCUAAGGGCGUGAGUAUUGGCGGAAGUAGUAACUGGUUGAACAACUUCGCCGUCGGUCUCUUCACCUCCCCUUUCAUCAAAGCCUCCGAUUACGGCACCUUCAUCUUCUUCGGGUGUAUCACGACGCUCGCCGUGUUAUAUGUUAUCUUCCUAGUUCCUGAGACCAAGGGCCGGACGCUGGAGGAGAUGGACGAGAUUUUCGGGGCGAAUGGAGUAGCUGAGGCGGAUCAAGCAUUGAAGAGGAGUAUUGAACGGGAAAUUGGGCUGUUGGCGCUUUUAGGUGGGGAUGGGUCGGGAGAGGUGAAGGAGAAGGCCGAGGUGGGUGGCGAUGAAGUGAAGACUGAACCUGGGGCUAUUGAGGAGUAG